ACUUAUUACUGUUCAUCUAAACAACCUUCACUAACCACUUGCAUACUUAUCAGCUACGCCAAAGGAUGGGACAUAUUCCGACUACUCCCCCCAGCACCAGACAAACUUGGCAAAGGUUUUUGGCACGACGUCAGUUUACAGGUUUUGAAAAUAUCGUGUUUCUUUGUGCUGUUCUUUCUGACUUUAAUAAGUGCUACAGUGGCCAAAGGCUCCUUUUUGCUGAUGACAUCCGCAGUUGGUUGGAGCGAUAGGGAAAUGGCAAUAUGUAACGACAAAAUUCCAGAAGCUAAGAUAAAUAAGGUACGUAUAGAGCAGAAGCACGUCAUCAAAUGGAUUUGGGCGCUGUUUUUGUCGAUCUGCGCUCCUGAGCUAUUCUGCUUCGUACGAUCAUUUCAUCGAACGCUUUUCCGUAAUGUUAAACGACCAACGUUCGCUCAGUUUAUUACUGUUUUUUGCAUAGAAACGAUGCAUGCAGUUGGGGUCGCUGUGCUAGUCUUUCGAAUCCUCCCUGAUUUAGACGCUGUGACAGGUGCAAUGCUAACAAAUGCGAUGUGUUUAAUACCUUGUAUGCUGUCUUUAAUUAGCCGAAAGCCGAGUAAAGUUUCUUUAUUACUGGUGCUACUUGACAUCAUCUGUAUUGCUGCACAAAGCAGCACGUUUUGGGCAUGGCCAGUCAGUUUUUUACCACAUCAGUCGUUACAGAAACACGCUCUUAGUGUUCCCAUAACACUACUUUUGAUAUCGCUUGCAUGGUGGCAAAACUUUAUUCAUACCGACAGUGUUUUCCCACCAGUCAGAAUGCUUGCAAGAUAUGCAAUAAAGUUGGCUGAACGACGAUCAAAAACUUAUGUUUUUGUUUCAUUAUGGAAAUGCUUUAUUUAUUUGCUGUCGAUUUUCUUGUUUAUGUCCUCCAGGUUUAGUUUUUAUAGUCUUCUACAACAAGACCCAUUUGGUGAAAAAAUAAUAACUAUAACCGGAAUUCGAUUAAACCAAACACAGCUACAUAAAUUUGAGAUGCGAAUGAGAGAAGAAUAUUCAUCAGUUAUUCCGGAGCCUCCGAAAACUACCACAAAAAAGCCAUCCUGGUAUCCUGAAGAGCACAAUGAGAAUGUUAUUGACACUGGAGAAUAUGAACAUACCAGAAGGCGGAAGAGGCAGAAUGAUGACGAAAAUGUUACUUUUGAGGUCAGUUUUAUGUUACAAAGCUUCAUAUAUGACGAUUUUGUGGUAUUGAGACAAUACACUAGUCCGUACGACGCGUUGUGGAUUGUACUUGUUCAAGUUUUAGCAGCAAUACUCUGCUACUACAGCUCCAAAUUUGCUUGCAAAGUGAUGAUGCAACGAAUGGGUUUUGCCUUGCCAAUAGCGCUGUCUGUACCUCUGACGGUAUUAACUUUGAGUUCAACUUGUUUACACCGACGCGUCGAUGCUUGUCAUAUGACUUCAAUAUUGACAAAAGAGUUAUUUUGGCAGUGCUACGAUGAUUAUACUAACCUUCCCGGCUUUACAGCAUCUGCGCAAACUUGGUUUUGGUUGUUAUGGCUGCUUAGUCAAGUAUGGAUAACAGUUCAUCUUUGGCGACCGCAACAUGAAAGACUCGCUAAAAGCGAAAAGCUUUUCAUCUUGCCUUAUUUUAAUGGUGCAUUUGUGGACCAAUCGCUGGCAUUUAACAGACGACGAGAUGAUAAAAUCAAAAUAAGAGCUGAGGAUUUGGAACUUGACGGUGAAGACACGUCAACCUAUGCAACAAUUCCAGGCUUAAUAAACCCAAAACCUCCACCUUCAGUAUGUAGCGCAACUUCAAGCAAAUUUGAAACUGGUUUGAUUAGGUUAGUGGCUUCCUCGGCCGAUGCAGUAACAAAAAUUUACGCUUGUGCAACAAUGUGGCAUGAAAGUGCGUUAGAAAUGACUUGUAUGUUGAAAAGUUUGUUCAGGCUGGAUGAAGAUCAGUGCGCUAGAAGAAAUGCUCAGAAAUACUUGAAGGUAAUAGACCCAGAUUAUUAUGAAUUUGAAGCUCAUAUAUUUUUUGACGACGCUUUUGAUAUCAACGAUUACGGAGAACCAGUUAUCAAUAAAUAUGUGAGACAAUUUAUAGAAAAAGUUGACGAAGCUGCGAGUGCUGUUCACCAAACACAAAUGCGGUUGAAAACACCAAAAAAGACUACUACACCAUACGGAGGAAGAAUAAGUUACUUGUUGCCUGGCAAAAAUCGUAUGACUGUCCACCUAAAAGACAAGAAUAAGAUACGCCAUAGAAAACGGUGGAUCUUAAUUUUUGUUCAAAACAAAAAAAUUGUGCAACCUAUCGUAAUGUAUUUGUACUAUUUGCUCGGGUAUAGGUUAAUGAUGAAGGUUGAUGACCAAGCAAGAAAAGAGAUAAUCUCUGAAAAUACAUUUAUAUUAACGCUUGAUGGUGAUAUUGACUUUACUCCUCAAUGUGUUCAUCUGCUAAUUGAUUUAAUGAAGAAGAAUCGUCGUUUGGGAGCCGCUUGCGGUCGAAUACAUCCUCGCGGUUCUGGUCUGAUGGUUUGGUAUCAGAAAUUCGAAUACGCUGUCGGUCACUGGCUUCAAAAAGCAACGGAGCAUAUGAUUGGGUGUGUGCUCUGUUCACCAGGAUGUUUCUCUUUGUUUCGAUCUUAUGCUUUAAUGGACGACAAUGUUGCUCGCCGAUAUGCUUCCAAAUCAGAAAACCCUGUUGAUUACAUACAGUACGAUCAGGGAGAAGAUCGAUGGCUUUGCACGCUCCUAUUGCAGAGGGGAUACCGGGUUGAAUAUUGUGCGGCAUCAGAUGCUCUUACAUACGCACCAGAAGGAUUUAACGAGUUUUUCAACCAGCGUAGACGCUGGAUACCAUCAACUUUGGCUAAUAUUAUUGAUCUGUUAAAAGAUUAUAAAAAUGUUGUUACUGUCAAUGAGUCUAUCUCAAUCUGGUACAUUAUUUACCAAUGUGUAAUGCUAGUUUCUUCAAUUCUCGGUCCUGGAACUAUCUUUUUAAUGAUUGUCGGAGCUAUUUCAAUCUCAUUCAACAUAGACACGAGCUGGAGUUUGCUAGUCGUUUCUCUCCCAGUGGCAUUUUUUUGCUUCGUCUGUCUCGUUGGAAAACCGGAUAAACAGCUUCUGGUUGCCCAAAUAAUUGGUGCUCUGUUUGCAAUGUUAAUGAGUGCAGUAAUCGUUGGAACUUCAUUACAAAUUCAAAAAGACGGCAUUCUUUCACCCCAUUCUAUAUUUUUGUUUUCUGUUAUUGGAAGUUUUAUAACCGCUGCCAUACUGCAUCCUCUUGAAUUUACUUGCGUCAUACCUGGCCUUCUGUAUUUUUUGGCAAUUCCGUGCAUGUAUAUGCUUCUGCCAAUUUACAGCCUUUGUAACUUGAAUACUGUUACAUGGGGGACAAGAGAAGAACCAAAAAGUACUAUUGUGGAUGGAGAACUCUCAUUGGGUUGUGGCAGCGUGUGGAGGCUGAAUGAGAAAUUAAACGAAAUUAGUCGCAAAUUAGAAAAGUUAGAGAGGCGUUCAGGUGCUUUAGCAAGGCGUUCGUCAGUAAUGAGUACGACCACCACAAAUGUAGAUAAGUGGAAUGAAGCAGACGAAGAUGACCAGGCUGAACUUGACGAUAAUCGUGAUAUGAGCAACCAGUCAGCAGCAGCAAUGAAAAAUCGAAAGUGGAAGCCUGCGGCUAGCGAAGCAUGGUUAAAUGAAAGAAGUUUACGCCGAGCUGAACGGGAUUAUUUGGAUAUAGAGGAAGAAACCUUUUGGACUGAUGUUAUUGAAAAAUAUCUCACUCCUAUCUCGGUGGAUCCUAAAGAACAAGAACGUAUUCGAAUUGGGCUUACUGAACUUAGAAAUAAAGUUUGUUCCGGCUUCUUCAUGGUUAAUGUGGUUUUCAUCAUUAUAAUUCUCGUGCUGCAACUGCAGAAAGACUGCCUGCACGUUGAGUGGCCAUUAGGACCCAAGUUCAAUCAUACUGUCGUUUUAUGCAAUAGUGAUACCCGCAAAGAAGUUUGGGUGAUGACAAGGCUUCAGCUUGAACCAUUAGGCCUCGUUUUUCUAGUGUUCUUCAUGUCAAUUCUGAUUAUACAGGUAAACUCACUUGCUUCAAUUGUUUUAAAAUUUAAACUUCCUUAUCAUGCUUUCAGUUUUUUCUACAAGCAAUCAAAGGCGUUGAUGAGGCAACGAGCGAUUUCUCGCCGCCGAGUAGUUCAAAAUCUUGAGUCCUCAAGAAGGUCGAUGAUGAAAAGAAAAACAGAAACGCUUGACGCUGCAUUUAAAAAAAGGUUUUUUGCGCUCUCCAGUGAGAAUGCUGAAGAAAAAACCGGCUUCGGAGGUCGCGAAAAGCGUCUCACUUUACGAAAAGGCACUAUUAGAGCACUAGAACAGCGAAGGGAUUCUUUGUUUGGCACUAUCGAUAAACGACAUGUUCGAGCGUCUAGAGGACCAGCUCAGAGACGACUUGAAAGGCUGUUCAACCAACAAGAUGGCACUUCGGUAGAAAGUGGGUCUCGAGCGCGAAACCGGCCAGCAGCACAACCGCAACAAAAGAGUCGAGACUAUGCUGUCACUCGUGAAAAGGAUUCUUGCUUAGACUCUAGGUUCUAA